AUGGACGGGUCCAGCUUUGGAAUAGACACUAUCCUCUCGAGCGCCUCGAACCCGGGUCCGGUCCCCGCGGCCGCCAUGAUGAGCGCAGACUCGCGCCUCGGAGACUCGCGCCUCGGAGAGGCCAGGGCGGCGGACGCACGGAGCCAUGCGACGCCGUCCCCCGCGUGCUCGGACAUAGACACGGUGGGCACGGAGCCCUCGUCCCCCAUCUCAGUUACCAUGGACACCCCGGACAGUCCCCAGCAUCCGCUGCAUCCCCAUCCACCACCUCCACAGCAGCAACAGCCUCCACCACCAGCACCACCUCCUCCACCUCAGCCAGCACCACCCGCUGCGGGCGGUGCCGCCGCGCGCACAGCCACCUCGUCCUUCCUCAUCAAAGACAUCCUCGGCGACAGCAAGCCGCUGGCCGCGUGCGCCCCGUACAGCACGAGCGUCCCGUCGCCGCCCGACCACCACCACCACCACCACGCGCCAAAGGGCGAGAGCGCCUCGCCGGGAGCGGACGGCUUUCGGCCGAAGCUCGAGCAGGACGAGCUGAGGGCGAAGCGGGAAGAGCUGCAGCACGAGAUGAAAUGCAACGGCAACAAGGAGGAGGGCGAGCGGGAGAUCUCGAGCAGCAGAGACAGCCCCCCGGCCCGCUCCAAGAAGCCCCGCAAGGCGCGCACGGCCUUCUCCGACCACCAGCUCAACCAGCUCGAGCGCAGCUUCGAGCGGCAGAAGUACCUGAGCGUGCAGGACCGCAUGGACCUCGCGGCGGCGCUCAACCUCACCGACACGCAGGUCAAGACCUGGUACCAGAACCGACGGACCAAGUGGAAGCGGCAGACGGCGGUUGGGCUCGAGCUGCUGGCGGAGGCCGGAAACUACUCCGCCCUGCAGCGGAUGUUCCCCUCGCCGUACUUCUACCACCCCAGCCUGCUGGGCACUAUGGACGGCAGCACGGCGGCAGCGGCGGCCGCGGCCAUGUACAGCAGCAUGUACCGGACUCCCUCGGCGCCGCACCCCGGCCUGCAGAGGCCUCUGGUCCCCCGGGUGCUGAUCCACGGCCUCGGGCCGGGGGGGCAGCCGGCUCUGAACCCCCUGGGCCAGCCCAUGCAGGGCGCGCCGCACGCCCGAUAGAAACAGACUGAGACGAACCCCGAACAGCGAAAGCGACGACCGCAGCGACCGGUGGGACGCGCGGGGUGCGUGCGUGAGACGUGCGAGACGCGGGGAAUUACGCACGGAGGACACGCGGACACGCGCACGCGGGACGUUUUAACGCAGAGACUCUAAAGACGUUUGAGCGCUGAAGGAGCUUAUUUAAGAGGAGAGGGAGAAGGACUAAAGCGGACGUGAAGGAGCUUCGAUGUCUGGUUGAUUGUUUUGUUUGUCUUUUGUACAAAUCCACUUAAAUUAGCGAAUAAACUUCUAAAGUUUAUUAGAUGAGGAGGGAGAAGCGAAUGAAUAAAGUACUGAUACGAAACGGAACGCGUCUGGUGGAUUCUGAUCAGAAACAUGAGGGAUGGAAAUCAAACUCCAUCCUACCCCGAGGACUGGUGGAGUAGGUAAUGGUGGAGUACUGGUGUAGUUCUACUGGUGUAGCUCUGUGGAGUGGUACU